UAUUUACAUUUUUGUUAUUUUCUUUUGAUUUGGAUAGCGAUUGUUCCUAUAUGUGGCGGGAAGUUAAUAAUAUCUUUAUAAUUAAUUUUUACAUGCAUAUAAAAUAUUUUUAACUUAUUUUUGUUUUAUUUAUUGAUGAAAUGCACAUUGACUAACAAUUGUGUUUUGUGAACUGAAAUAUUCUGGUGCUUUUGAAGCGCAAAUCAGUUUCCAUUUUGAUGAGCUUCUCCUCAUCAGUGUUCAAAACUCACGAUGAGAUUUAUUGUUAAUUCAAACUGUUUUUAGAGAAAUAUUUCUUAUUCCUCUGUUUUUCGGGAUUGAUAAAAAUGGGAGAGAUAACUAUAAGCCCAGACCUUUUUAAAGGUCUAAAGUUUUGCUUGAUUGAUGAAGGUGAAAGUGAAAUUGUGGAUAAAAUCAAAGCAAUUUUGUUAUCUGGCGGUGGAACACAUAACAGUUACUUGUCCGAUAUGGUGACACACGUAAUCAGUGACAAUCCGGAUAAUCCUGGCAUCAGUGAAGCUCAAGAGCUAUUUGAAAAACCUGUGGUUACAAGCCGUUGGGUUUUAACAUCAGCCAAAUGUAACAAACUGUUACCUUUAACUGGAUUCAGUGCUGUAAAGAAUCAACUCUUCUCUGGAUUAGUUGUUAGUGCAUCUCAGAUGGAAAGAGAAGAUAAAAAGAAAAUUUGGGCAAUGGUGUCAUUUUAUGGUGGAACAUUUGUUCUCAAUUAUUCUAAGUCUUGCACUCAUUUAAUAGUUGGAGCAGUUGAAGGGGAAAAAUACUCUAAAGCUCUAAGUAUGGGGAAAAAAGUAGUCACACCAGACUGGAUAACAGAUUCAAUUAGAAAUAGAUGUCUAUGUGAUGAAGAUUUAUAUCAUCCAAAACUUUUAAUCCUACCUGAACCAGAAGUUCCAGAUAUUCCUUCACCUGAAUCGCCUGCUUUAAAUUCUGCCUUGAUAUCCCUUGACAAAAUUAAUAUUAGUUCCGAAAUUUCAACUGAAAAUCAGCAUGGAAUUUCUGAAGAAGCGCUUCAAAAUUUUCCUCAGCAAAUUAAAAUGGCAAAUAUUGAACAAAAGUUGUCUCAAGAUAUUAUAAGAAACAUUGCUGUGUCUAGUAGCAGUCUUGAUGCAAGUAUGAAGUCAUUGCAGCCUGAUCAGCAAAUAUAUAUUACCAAUAAAACUCUCAGUUUACCUCCAGGGUCACAUCAAGUCAAUAUUUUGACAAAACAACAGACAUCUGUGUCACAGAGUGCUUACCAACAAGUUUUGCAAAAUCAACAACUUAUUCAACAAGGUGAACAAAAACUAAACCAAGCACUUCAGCAAUUGCAGGCUCAACAACAACAGCAACAACAACAGCAGCAGCAACAACAACAGCAGCAACAACAACUACAACAGCAGCAACAGCCCUUAAUACAGCAAAGAGCUCUUCAGUCAACACCAACACAAAUUCCCCAACAAAAAAUUCAAUUGACUCAACAACGUAUUGCCCUUAUGCAGCAACAACAGCUUGCGCAACAAUCUAUACAAAUGCAAAGACUUCAACAAAUUCAACAGCAACAAUUACGAAACAGGCAAGCUCAAGGGCUUCCUGCUGCUCAGUUAGCUCAGCUACAACAACAACAUGUUCAACAGCAACAAUUAUUGCGGCAGCAACAUCAACAGCAGCAACAGCAAUUGCAACAGCAGAUACAGCAACAAUUACAACAGUCUCAUUUACAACCACAGCAGCAGCCUCUCUUACAGCAACAGAAGCAACUACAGCAACAACAGAUACAUCAAUUACAGCAGCAACAAAUUCAAUUUCCACAACAAAUAUUGCAGCAACAAGCUUCAAAUACAACUAAUCAAAUUCAGCAGCCACAAGUUCAAAUGCAGAGACAGCAAGUUCCUCAAACUCUUUUGCAAAAGCCAGCCCAACUUAAUAUUUCCCAAAUUUCUCAUCAAACUAGUGGAACUCAGCAAAGUCAAAUAAAUGUAAUGCAGUCACCCAAAACCAACCAAAAUGUACACAUUCAAAUGUCACAAAUUAGGCAUCAACAGCAAACUAUUCAACAACUUCAACAGCAGCAAUCUUUAACACCUCUGCAGCAGCAAGCAUUGCAAAAACAUCAACUGCAACAACAACUGCUGAAACAACAACAUAUGCAGCAUGUACAUCAGCAACAGCAGCAAGCUCAACAAAGGGUUUUGACACAAUCUCCAAACAUGCCCCCUUCUCCUCUUCACUCUCAGCAACAAAAUAUUUUGCAGCCAUCUCCUCGUCAGUCACCUUUACAGCAACAGUCUCCUAUGCAACAAUCUCCUUUACAACAGUCACCUUUGCAGCAUUCUCCCUUGCAACAUUCACCUCAACAUCCUGCUGUUCAGUCCCAACAAACUAAUAUUCAAAUUCAGCAUCAGCAAUCGCCACUACCAACUCAACGACCUCAAACUCCUCUUCAACAACCUUCUCCACAACAUUCACAAUUGCCAGUGCCACUUUCUCCCCUUCAACAAGCUCAGCAAUUAGCUCUUGAAAAAGCUCAAGCUGUUGAAAAGCAACAAACAGAGUUAAUUAAAGUUCAGUUGAAGCAGGCAUCUAUAGAACAAGCUCGACUUCAAGCUCUUGAAAAAGCUAGAUUGCAACAAUCUUUAGAGAAAGUACAACAGCAACAAAUUGCUUUAGAUAAAGCACAAUUACAUCAAGUUGCUUUAGAAAAAGCUCAAUUACAAGCAGGUAUAGAAAACUCACAACUAUCGCAAAACAUUUUGCAGCAUCAACAAUUGCAAAGAACUCUUGGUCAACAGCAAGUACCUUUGACCCAACAGCAAAUCAAUCAACUACAGUUGCAAAAAAGAAAUAUUCAACAAAUACCUCAGUCUUUACAAUCUUUACAAUUAUUACAACCUACUCAAAAAGUUGAUCUAUCAACAAACAUUCAGUCCUCCCAAAUGCUUAACUCUGGAACUCAGUUUGUUACUCAACAAAGUCAGCUUCAAACUGUUGUUAAGACAGCAAGCUUGCAAAACUCCCAACAGGGCUUACUACAAAGGCUACAAAUACCACAGAUAUCAGUGCAACAACUGCAGAGAUUGCAAAUGCAGCAAAAUGCAUCUGUGCAACGCUUACAUGUUCAAAAUUCUCAAUCACAGCAAUUACAGUUGCAACAAGGGGCUCUCCACAGUCCAUCACAUCAGCAGUUACAACAGGGAAAAUCAAUGUCUCAAAUUUCAUCUGGGCAGCACAUGCAAAUACAGCAUGGAAGCUCUCAACAGUUGCAAGGAACUCAAGCUCAGCAAAUACAACAGAUAGCUCAGCAGCUUAGGAUGCAGCAGACAUCACCAGCACAGCAAUUACAGCAAGGAUCACCUGCUCAACUUUCUCAAGGAUCACCUGCUCAGAUGCCUCAAGGAUCGCCAGCUCAUCCCUCUAAUCAAGUGCAAGGCUCUCCAAGCCAACAGAUGCAGUUGUCACUAGGCUCUCCAGUGCAGAAUGCAAUGAUGUCCCAAGAUUCUCCUCAGCAAGGAUCCCAUACUCCAACACAACAACUGCAACAGAUACAAUUGCAACAUGUCUCAUCUCAACAGAGUUCAGUUCAAGCGCCCUCUCGAUCAAUGUCUCAACCUUCACAACUUUCUCAAUUGCAGUUGCAAACUCAGUUACAACAAGUCUCUUCUCACCAAAGUUCAAUGAGUCAGACAUCUUUGCAAACUCAACAAACAGAUAAUCAAAAAACUAUGCAAGAAUCAUCACAGUCUCCUUCUGUGCCCUCUUCAUCUGUGUCUCAAGAUAUCACAAUCCCUUCUUCUUUGCAAUCUGUUUCUUUGCAGCAAGUACCUUCAAAGUUAAUGCAUGCCUCUCAAACACCUGAUCAGUUACAGUCAUCUCCUCAGCAACCACCUGUUCAGCAAGGAAAUCACCAGACGGAGCUCCAACCAAACCUUUCUCAGUUGCAAAUAUCUCAAGCUCAAAUUCAACAAAUUAAUUCUACUCAUGAUUUAAAUCCACCUUCAACCCCUAGUCCUCUUCGUCAAACUUCUCCAAUACAUGCUGCAUUGCAAAAAGUUUCACAAAUACCUCGAGUGCAAUCGGGUCAAAUGGCACAGCCAUCUGCUCAACAAAUACUUUUGAAACAGGUUUCGAAUCAGUCUCAACUCCAGAAUGCUACUUCUUUACCUCAGGGAACUUCCCAAAAUGUAAACCAACAAAUUCAUUUAUCGCAAGCUUCAGUUCAACAAGUGCAAUUACAGCAAGUUCUGCAACAGGCUCGAAUCCAGCAACUUCGCCAACAGCAAGCCCAAUUGCAGCAGUCUAUGACUCAAGCUCAGAAUCCACCCCAACAUGUGCAGACUAGUAACAUAUCUUCCAAUUCUCUACAACAAACUCACAUUCUACAGUCUCCCCAAGAUCCACAAAGUUCUGGCCAGUUAUUGAGACAGUCAUUACCGUCACCUCAGAGUGGUAUUCAGGCUCAACAACCUAGAAUGUCUUCCCCUUUGCAACAAGCUCAGUUGCAGCAACUGGCAUUACAGCAAGCUCAAUUGCAAAAAUCUUCUCUCUCACAGACAAUAUUACAGCAAAAUCAGUUGCAAUCUACCGUACGACACACUGCCAUUCAACAAACUCGAUUACAACAACCUAUUACUUCUCCUACCCAGCAUGUUAUUUCGCAAAGCAACUUACCACGACCAUCUCAACAAAUUCAAGUUCAAACACAGGUUGUUACUAAGCAAAUUCAUUUGCAACAACAGUCCCCUCAAAUAUUGCAACAACAAUCUCCACAAACUCCUUCAUCUCCUCAACUUCAAACUCAGCCUCGAUUUACCCAUCAAAUGUCACCAGUUCUACGACAAGUCCAGAAACAAUUUCAAGCUACUUUACCUGCCGCUCAACAGCCUAUGCAUGGGCAGCCUCCUGUUCAAGGUUUACAUCAGCAACAAAUUUUGCAACAGAGGCAGCAGAUUCAACAGCAGUUGGCAUUACAGCAACUUCGCCAGAGACAACUACAGCAGCAACAGUUACAAAGUAAUUCUCAACAACCCCAACAAACUAUGCAACAUAUUAUCACGAAUCAACCAUCCGUUAUGAUGAAACCUCCUCCACAAUAUCCUUAUGAUCGUCAACAACUUCAAGGUCAACCUAGGUUGCAGUUUCCACCCCAACCAAGGCAGCUGACGUCUCCACAGCAACCUCAGAGUCCUUGGCCUCAAGCAGUUGCAGGCCAGCAAACGCAAUUUUUAAGUCGCUCUCCUGGUGUUAAUCCUCCACCCUCCCCUCAGUGGCAACAUGUGCAGCAGCAAUCUCCGAAAGAGGAGUUGACUCUUAGUCCUAAGCCAGCUCAAUUACAACAGCAAGCUGUGUGGCAACAACCCAGACCACAAACUUCUGAAAACAGAGAUGUGCCAGUAACAGCACCUCAGGUUGUGUCACAGCAGCAAACUUUAUGGAAGCAAACUCAACCACUUCAGCAGCGAGAUUCAACUCAACUAUCACCUCAGCAAGUACAAAUCCAAUCUUACCAAUUAAAGCAACUUGAAAUGCGUAGGCAACAGUUAUUGCAACAACAACAACAGCAGCAGCAGCAAGUGUCAGGCAUACGUCCAGCACAGUUUUCCCCUCAAGGGGAUCAGUUGGCCUCUCCUAGAUUGUCAACUCCUUCCCCUCAACAUCAAUCCUUGGCUGUUCCUGCUCAGUAUCAACCACAAAAUGCUCCGGGAAUUCUUUCACAGACAUCUCCAGGUUCUUCUCAAGCUGCAACUCAAGUUACUCCUAAAACGAAGACAGCACUGGCUAAUUUACUUAACACUCGAUUGCAAAUCACAAGUCGUUCAGUAGAUGGAGAGACACUUAUAAGAACUACUCAAGGAAUAUCGGUAUCUGCUCAGUCUUUACCUCGUAGAGCAAGUUCAGAAGGAAUUACUGUAUUACAUCAUCAAACUCAGUUGGCUGAGCGUUCACAAGUUCCUGCUGUUCCUCAAGCAGUUUUCUAUGGACAUGAUCCUAAAGUGAAUGUGCCAUCUGAUCUGUGCCUGUUAGGAUGUGUUUUUUGUAUAGAAGAUUAUGAAAAAUCCACAGAUGUUUCAGUGUGGGCAAAGGUGAUCGAAGAGAAUGGUGGAGAAAUAGAGUCUUCUUACAGUAGCAAAUGCACCCAUGUUAUAUGCGAAAGUCAACGAAACUCUGUUGUCCAACAAGCUAUGAGGGAAGGCAAACGCUGUGUUACAGCAUAUUGGUUGAAUGAUGUACUUUCAAAAAAGAAAAUGAAGUAUCCCUGGCUUGCUUAUCAUUUACCUACUCCACUUUCAGAUGAUAAACCCUGUAAAAAUCAGAUAAUCUCUAUAACAAACUUUGAAGCUGAUGAGCGGUCAAUUUUGAAAAAUAUGAUUAGCAUUUUAGGAGGAAAAUAUACAGGUUACAUGACAUCGCACAAUACCAUUAUUAUAUGCAAAAAAAAUGAAGGUCGUAAAGUUCAGAAGGCCAAAGAAUGGAAGAUUCCUGUUGUGAAUAUUCAGUGGCUCCAUGAUUUGAUGUUUGGUCAUUUAGAUGCUCUCAGGCUAUCUAUGGCUCACAAGUACCAACAAUAUGACAUAGAGAAUCCAUUUGCUUUUGAUUAUGCAUUAGUACCUCAUCUCAUGGCCGGCUGGAAAAUUCCAAUCAAGAUUAAUGAAGAACUCUUAAAGAAACAUUUUCUUUUAGAAGAAAAGGAAAAAGUUGCUGAAAACACUGAAAAAGAUGAGAAAAAAAGGGAAAUUGAAAAUGGUGAAAAUGAGGAGAAUGAAUCAAAACGAUUGAGAAGUGAUUCACCUGAACUGGAUGAAAAUAUUCCAUUGACCACACAGAAUCCACCUGACACUGACAGAAAGCCGAGAGUUAUAAUUACGGGUCUAUCUAAAUUCAAGGAAUUAGCAAAGAUUGUAUAUCAAUUGGGUGGCUGCUUAGCAAAGAAUGAGUUAGAUUGUACCCAUCUUGUAGCUGAUCACUUUGCUAGAACUGUGAAAUUCUUAAGUGCCAUACAUUUUGUGAAAUAUGUAGUCUCUCCAGAAUGGCUCACAGAGUCAGGAAAACAAAAUAAAUUCAUAGACGAGGAAGAUUUUAUUUUGAGUGAUCAGGAAAAUGAAAAGCUUUUUGGAUUCCAUUUAAAAACUGUACUGAAAAGAAAAGAGCGGAUACCCAUAUUUAAAGACUAUGUCUUUUUCGUCACUGCUGGUGUAGUACCAAAACCUGAUGUGUUAAAACGCAUUAUUGAAUCAGGAGGUGGGAAGCCUGUUUUUAAGAAAGCUCCUACUCUCAAGCAAGUGAAGGCUCUUGAAGAAAGUGAGAGGAAAUUUGCAAUGAUAUCAUGUGAUAAUGAUCUGCAUCUAUGCAAGAUGUAUCUGGAAAAAAAUAUUAGUGUGUAUAAUGUGGAGUUUAUUUUAACUGGAAGUAUCCGGCAGGAGUUAGACCUCACAUCAUUUGCUUACAAAUUGUGAUCAAGUUUUUAUGUAUAUUAUAUUUUUGAUACAUUACAAAUAUAAAUAGUAAUUAUUGAAAGAGAUAUAUUCGUUUUUUUGUUAAUCAUAUAUAAAUGGUCUAGUUUUGUAGUUUUAACUUAUAAUUUCAUAAAAAAAAAAAUACUUUUUAAAUUUAACUUAACCCAAGAUAACUAUACUUAAUUCAGUGGUACGCAAUUGCUAAAUAACUGACUCACAGGCUAUCAAUAAAAAUUGGGUUUAUUUUUAUAUUCCCUUCAUUUUUAAUUAAGUUUAAUUCAAGCAUCUGGUAUGGCUAAUCACAUUCUUGCACUGAUUUAUUUUUUGAUUAAUUCAAACCACAAUUCUUGACUUGGGGCUCACUCACUAAUUUAGUAUUUACAUCUGGGCCCAGAUCAGUCUGUUUCUGAUAGACUAUCUAAUAAUUGUAUAAAAUAUUGUAGUCUUAUUUCUCUGGAUUUGUUAUUAAACUUUUCAGUACUCUAGUUAUUUUAUGUAAAGAGGAAGAAGAAAAAAAAAAAACUCAAUAAUUUUUUAGGCGCAAGAUUUAAAAAAAAAAAAAAAAGUCUGAAUGAAAGAGCUUUUCUCCAUUUUAACAUUUAGCAAAGACAAUUGUCUUAAGUGAUUAGAUUUUUCAUUUCACAAAUAGAGAAUUUGUCUCUUUUAUCAUUUGAUUUUAAAAUAAUUUAAAAUAAAAAUUCAACUAUCCCAGAUUAGUUAAAUAGGAUGAAUAUAGGGCUAUAAUUUAAUAUGAUUAGUAAAAGUUUACUAUGAAUUUUUUAUUUUAAUCUAAAGAAUACUCCAGAUAACUGUUUUAAAUUAAAGUUUUAACUACUGUGUACGAGUCGACCCCCAUUUUUGAUUUAUGAGAUAGCAAAUUUUGGGUAUGGGUAUGUCGGGUGUUCGAGUCCAUUUCUAGAACAAAGCAAAUAUUAAAAUUUCUCAAAUUAAAUAACAUAAAAAAAUAUUAAGUCUACAAAAUUGUUCCAAGUUAAAAAUAUUUCGCAUCAAAUACUCUUACAGAAAUUCUGUGUUGCUAUUAUAGGCGUCAUGUGUCAAAUGAUGCAUGGCAAAAUCUGGAUUCAAAUGUUAUUAUGAAAUAUUUUAAAAAGUAGGAAAUGGAUGGGGUAAUUUUUUGUGUGACACAGUAGAUGAAACUAUUGCAGAAUAGGGUCUGUAUGACAACAUAGAUAAUGUUCUGGAAUCUUUUAGCUUUAUGGUAUGUUUUAAAAGUUUUCAUUGUGUUAUAUAUUUUGAAAUACUCUUGAAGAAAUUAUCUCAAUCUUCUCAUAUUCCUAAAUUUUUUUCUGCACGUAAUUUAUAGUACUGUAUUUUAACAAUAUUUUAGAUGUGAAGAAAAUUUGAUCUGAGAAAAUGCAAAAUUAUUUGUAUGUAACAUAUUAACAACUGUUUUUGAAAGAGAUAAAUGGAUUCAGAGUUGUUCAUGUCUAUCUCAUUCUUUAUAAUGCGUCAAUAUUUCACAAUUGACCGAUGUCGACUUUAUUACAGGUGUGUCGGUCGGCCCCCGGAUUUUCGUAAAAAUUUAUGGUGUUUGAAAAAUUAACUUCUACACCAAUAUAUAUAGUAACUGUAAUUAUGAAUUGAAAUUAUUUUUUUAUAAUAUUGAAUUAAAUAAUUAAUAGUUUAAAAAAUUAAAUGUGCAGCUCUAUAUUGAAUACAUUUUAAAUUGCACAUAAAAUAAUUUUAUGGUGGCGAAUAAAAUCGAGAAUAGAGUUUUUUACCACAAACUAAGUUAUUUUAUCAUGAUUAAGUAAUAACUUUGAAAAUAUUUCUGCAUUCUAUUUAUUUUUUGCAUAUAUACAAGAACUAUCAAAGAAGGAGGGGAAAAAAUUAUGAAUGUGCAUAUCCUUAUUAUGGUUUUUUCAAAAGUGUUUAAUGUCUUUUAAGUGCUUUAAAAAAAAUGCGAAGUUAAAAAAGUGCACCCUGUAUAAAAUGUGGUAAAUUUAUUUCAAGAGGAAAAAAAUGAUAAAAGUUUUUAUCUUGAAUAUUUGUGUCAGUGGUUGAUUAUUUAAUGUUCUUUUGAGUCGUGUUACCUUUAAAAUAUGUUGUCAACCUUACUUUCUUAUCCCUCGUUAUGCCUGUGUAUGAAAAAUAGUAAAUUCUUCACUUAUAUCACCAAAUUUAUUAAUAUUGUUUUAAUAAUUUUUAAACUUUUCAAUAAUUCAAAAAGUAUUUAUGAUUAUCAUUUAAAAAUCCAAGCUGAUCAAUUUAUAGGAAGAUAUUUCAGCUAAUUUCACAUAUCUAAAAAAUGGAUAGUGUAUAUUUAUAGAACAGAUUGAAAUCUUUAUGAUUAAAUAAUUUAAUUUUUUGCAACCUGAGGUUUCUACCUAAUCCUUUUCUCUCUUUCUUAUUUUCUUGUUUAAAAUUGUUCCUCUGUCCCUAUUGGUUCAGACAUUUACUUCUAUCAUUUAGUGUUCAGACACUGAGGAAGAUUAUUGUUUAUAGACCUGAAAUCAUAGUAUGACUAUUUCUGUACCGAUACUUUAUUCUCGUUGUUUUCUUCUUUUAUUUUCACAUAGUCACAGUUACAUAAGCAAUCCAAUAGAAUAGAAUUGCCUUGCUAUUAUUGACAUUAUUCAUAUCAUAAAAUAUUAUUUUCAGUUAUUUAUUUUAUUUAAAUUAUCUCUUUUUUUUUAAAAAAAUUAUUACAUAGUCCAUCCCUUAUAACUUGAAUUUGGGAGUGGUUUAAGGACAAGAAAUUUUGUCUUGUCAGAAGUUUGAGUAUUCUUGCGACUACCAUACUUCAAUUUUUAUGUAUUUCAUUUUCAUGGUUGGACAUUGUUGAUAAAAUUUUAUUUUACAGCAAAAAUGUUUUUAACUUUGAUAAGAGAUAUUUUGCAAUUAUUACUCAAUUUCUUAUAUCUAAUAAUAAACUCUUACAGAACUUCGUGCACUUAAAAUGGAGGAGCCUCGACAUGGAAUCCUUGUAUUUCCAAAAUUCAAAUGCAAUCACUAUUGAUGCAGUUCUUUUCCCAUCAUAGGUAUUAUUUUCUCUUACACUGACUCUAUUUGAUGGUUCGAUAAAUGAUCUCUCGAUAAAUAAAUCGAUAUCCCCUUGGGGGGGGGGCUUCAAAUAUUAUCUAAACGCCCAUAUUUUGGUAGAUAGAAAGAAGACUGAUAUGAGCAGCGUUUACAGAAGACACUAAAAUAUCCUUAUUUUAAAAAUAUUAUUGAAAAUCAAAAAAAAAAUUUUUAAAAAAUGCGAAGAAAAAAAAUUACACCAUUAAAAUUUUUUAAUAAAACAAAAUGAGAUACAUUUUUUCAAAGAAUUUCAGAGGUCAAGAGUUUUGAUGAGACACAUGAAGAAUGCUCUAUUCAAAAUUUUAUUAAAUGAAUUAAAAUGUAAAUUUUCGUUUAUGUAAAUUUACAUCUUUUAUUUAAAUUUAAUCAAAAAUUAGAGGACUACCAAAGAAGACAAAGUUAUCACCAAAAAAAAAGAAUUACUAUCUUAUAUGAGCAUGGGGAGUUGGGGGGUGAUUUGCUAAAUUUUGUUGACAAAAGGUAGGGAGGUCCAAAAACGGGCUUUUUUAAUCUUUGAAUGGCUCCUUAGGUUUAGUUCUUUUUUAUGUAUGCAUCUAUUUAUUUUUACUUUUUCAGUCACCUUUUUAAAAUAAAUUAAAAGAACUGAAAAUAUAUGAAACAAAAAAAAUUAAUAAUUAAACGAUGAAAACUUCAGAACAGCAGAAAAAUAAAGUCACAUUAAUAUUUGAGUUAUAAAAAAUCGACUCUAGUUGUGUAAUUUCUAUCAUAACAAAUGAAAGUGACUUAUAGUAUUAAAAAGCAGGUUAUUAAUUACUUAUUCACAUUUUUUUAAUUAAUAUUUCAUUUGAUGUCUCGUUUUUUUCUCACCCUGAUAAAGUUUAUAAUUUGUAUACUGUACGUAUCUGCCUUUGCUUCUUUUUAUGUUUCAAUCAUGUGUGAUGUUUUGAUUCACCUGGACUGAAGUAAUGUUUGACCUCCCUGCAAUAUGACAGCAAUAAACAUUUCUGCAUAUUUUUAAUACAUUCAGCAUGCUGUGAAAUUAGGGGUCAGCUUAUUCAUCUUAACAGCUAUUCAUAGAGGAUAGAUCUAGAGUUAUUUUGAUUCAUUGUAAAUUUUGUAACAAAAGCUGUGCUAUGCAUCAGCUGAUUAUCUAUUGUAAUAAUGUACAUAAUAGUGAUUCAUUUUUUGAUUUUUAAAUAAAUAUCUAUUUAUAA